CAAAACCGCCAUUUUUGAAGUUUUGAGAAAAUGGGGUCUCUAAUGGCCUCUAUUACUCUUACUCUUGUCUUGGCAAUACUGUCUCUAAGCUUGCCAUCUCAAACCUCUGCUGAUAAUAACUACCCCUAUUCAUCUCCUCCACCUACCCCUUACUACCACCACUCGCCACCACCACACCAAUACUCACCACCCAAACAUCCUUAUCACUAUCCUUUACCACCGCCGGUUUAUAAGUACAAGUCUCCACCACCGCCAGUUUACAAGUACAAGUCUCCACCACCGCCGGUUUAUAAGUACAAGUCUCCACCACCGCCAGUUUACAAGUACAAGUCUCCACCACCGCCGGUUUACAAGUACAAGUCUCCACCACCACCGGUUUACAAAUAUAAGUCUCCACCACCACCGGUUUAUAAGUACAAGUCUCCACCACCACCGGUUUACAAGUACAAGUCUCCACCACCACCGGUUUACAAGUAUAAGUCUCCACCACCACCACCAUACAAGUACCCAUCUCCUCCACCUCCAGUCUACAAGUACAAGUCACCUCCACCACCCUACAAAUACCCGUCUCCUCCACCUCCGCCAUACAAGUACCCCUCUCCACCACCACCAGUUUACAAGUACAAGUCCCCUCCUCCUCCUUACAAGUACCCAUCUCCUCCACCACCACCAUACAAGUACCCUUCUCCUCCACCCCCAGCUUACUAUUACAAGUCACCUCCACCACCAUACAAGUACCCUUCUCCUUCUCCUCCUCCACCACACUACGUCUAUUCAUCACCACCUCCCCCUCACCACUACUAGACACGAUUUACUAUACCACCCCAUGGAUCUGAAGAAGAACGUGUGCAAAUAAAGGGAAUGGAUUGAUAGAAGGAAGAAGUACCAUAGGGUUUAUACAGUGAAGAGAGGAACGUGUUUUACGAAAGUUGUGUUUAUUUGGUUUCCCUUUGUUUUUUUAUUUUGUAUUUUAAAUAUUCAAUGUUUUUAGGCACUGUUCUGAUCUGAUGAUCCACGUGGUCUUGGCCCAGUUAUUAUAUCAUAUAAUAAAUAAAUGCCCUGAUUUUUUUCA